GUGGGUUGGAGGGGGCGGGCGCGGUGCGAGCCCUCCCCGCGCUGCAGAGCCGCUCGGUGCAGCCUCGGGGCUCGGGGCUCCGCUUCGCUCCGGGGACAGGCCGGCAGCCAUCCGCUCCGCCUGGGGAACAAACAAAUCCCAAAAGCCCUUCUCCUCUCCAUCCACAGCACUCCGUGCGGACAGAUCGCUUUGGGUGGCGCUUGGGGCCGUCUCCUCCCGUAACUCUUUCCCUCAGCAGAGCCACGAGUUGAGCAGCGUGUGGUUUAUUCCCGAAGCAGCCCUGCCAGCCAUGGGAGCCAUGGGGCCGGGUGGACUCCGGGGCACCUCUGAAAGACCUCGGUGUAGUCAGUGGUGGAGAGGUAAUGGCAGGGCGGUGUGUGCUCGUGUGAGAAGCAGCGCACCUCCUGGCACGGCCUGUGAAGUGAGGUGGCUGCACACGAGCUUUGCUCCCCGGCUCCGUUCUCACUGCGCUCGGUGUGCCCGCACCCGUUCCUGCCCUGCUCCGUCCCUGUGGCCUUCAUCCGCUCUGCUCCAUGGUUUGGUUAAUUCGCUGCAAGUGGGGCCUUGUUCCCUGCCUUACCUGCGGUGUAAUGCAAGGUUUGUUUUGUUCCCAGGAGCUGUGCUCCAGCCCCCAGUUCAUAGCCGGCGGAGCCACCCGCACGGACAUCUGCCAAGGGGCGCUAGGGGACUGUUGGCUCUUGGCAGCUAUUGCUUCUCUCACCUUGAAUGAAGAGAUUCUGGCCCGUGUUGUUCCCAAAGACCAGAGCUUCCAGGAUAACUAUGCAGGAAUUUUCCACUUCCAGUUCUGGCAGUAUGGAGAGUGGGUGGACGUGGUGGUGGACGACAGGCUGCCCACCAAGAACGGGGAGCUGCUCUUCGUGCACUCGGCGGAGGGCAGCGAGUUCUGGAGCGCGCUGCUGGAGAAGGCCUACGCCAAGCUGAACGGAUCAUAUGAGUCCCUCUCUGGUGGCAGCACCACCGAAGGCUUCGAGGACUUCACCGGUGGCAUUGCAGAAUGGUAUGAGCUGCAGAAGCCACCCCCCAACCUCUUCAAAAUCAUUCAGAAGGCACUCCAGAAAGGCUCUCUCCUUGGCUGCUCCAUUGAUAUCACCAGUGCUGCAGAAACAGAAGCUGUCACCUCCCAGAAGCUGGUGAAGGGACAUGCCUACUCGGUCACCGGGGCAGAGGAGGUGAACUUCCGAGGAGCAAUGCAGAAGCUGAUCAGAAUCCGAAACCCCUGGGGCGAAGUGGAGUGGACUGGGAAAUGGAAUGACAACUGCCCAAACUGGAGUGGUGUUGACCCUGAGGUGCGGGAGCGACUGACCAGGAGACAUGAAGAUGGGGAGUUUUGGAUGGCGUUCAAUGACUUCCUGAGGCAUUACUCCCGCCUGGAGAUCUGCAACCUGACUCCAGACACCCUGGCAAGUGACAGGUACAAGAAGUGGAGCCUGCUGAAGCUGGAUGGGAACUGGAGGCGAGGAGCCACUGCAGGGGGCUGCAGGAAUUACCCAAACACUUUCUGGACAAAUCCACAGUAUUUGAUCAAGCUGGAGGAAGAGGAUGAGGACCCCGAUGAUCCUGAGAGGGGCUGCACUUUCCUCGUUGGGCUGAUCCAGAAGCACCGUCGGAAGCAGAGGAAGAUGGGGGAGGACAUGCACACCAUCGGCUUUGCGAUCUAUGAGGUGCCCCCAGAGUUUUCUGGCCAGACAAAUAUUCAUCUGAGCAAAAACUUCUUCCUGACCAACAAAGCCCGUGAAAAAUCCAACACCUUCAUCAACCUUCGGGAGGUGCUGAACCGGUUCAAGCUCCCUGCAGGAGAAUACAUCAUCGUGCCCUCCACCUUUGAACCCAACAAAAAUGGGGACUUCUGCCUGAGAGUCUUCUCUGAAAAAAAUGCAAACUCCACGGUGAUAGAUGAUGAAAUUGAAGGCAAUUUUGAUGAGACUGAGAUCAGUGAAGAUGACAUCGAACCCAGCUUUAAAAAGCUUUUUGGGCAGCUAGCAGGAAAUGAUGCAGAGAUCUCCGCCUUCGAACUGCGCAGCAUCUUGAAUAAAAUCCUGGCUAAACGCCAAGAUAUUAAAUCUGAUGGCUUUAGUAUCGAGACAUGCAAAAUAAUGGUUGACCUGUUAGAUAAUGAUGGGAGUGGCAAACUGGGACUGAAGGAGUUCCACACCCUCUGGACAAAGAUUCAGAAAUACCAGAAAAUUUACAGAGAAAUUGAUGUGGAUCGAUCAGGUACCAUGAACUCAUAUGAGAUGAGGAGGGCACUGGAAACAGCAGGGUUCAAACUGAACUGCCAGCUACACCAGGUCAUCGUGGCUCGUUUUGCUGAUGAGAAUCUCAUCAUUGACUUUGAUAACUUCGUGCGCUGUUUGAUUCGGCUCGAAACCUUGUUCAAAAUGUUUAGAAAACUGGACACUGAGAAAAGUGGGACAAUAGAAUUGAACCUUGUUAAUACAAGGCUACCUACCAGAAGCCCUUUAUACCUUUGCUGGCAGUAAUUUUGGCUUCUUCCCUGCUUUUUCUGUCAACAGAGCAAAAUUGGCUGUGCUUUACUGUCAUUUGAGCCACUGGCAGCAGCCUGAGACCUCAACAAGAGCAUGAUCAGGUGAAGAUAAUCGAGCUACAUACAAGUAAUAUCCAAACAUGAAUGUGCCUUAACUCACACAGAGCAAGCAGAUUUUUGCACGCAGUCACAAGAAGAAAAGCAUUCUACUUCCACAGAAGAACCUGCAACCUCAUUUUUAUGGGUCUGACAAUCUGUGCCAACUAUCAUAUAUAGCCUCUGGCCAAAGGCUUUAAUUUAGUAUCAAACCUCAGUGCAAGGUUUGAAAAUACUGCUUUGCUAAUAUAUUUGUAUUUAAGGAUUAUUUUACAUGACUUCAGGAAGGAAAGCUCAUUAUAGCUUAACAAUCUGGUUUUAAAAAGUUGCUUUUUGAACAACAUCUUGCAUAUGUGAAAUUGGGAAAGAGCAUUGCAUAACUAAACACCUGAACUCACAGAUAGGGGUUCCUUGUAUGCUUUGUGUCAAGCCCCAGCACUAUUCUAGUUAAAUAAUCUUUAAAGAAUUUGAGUAGCAAGUGCAUCUUUGACUAGAGUGAGCAUUGAGCCUGAAGUGAACCUGGAGCAGGAGGCUGUUGACAAGAAGAUUCUUCCAAGAGAAAGCCCAUGCUUUCAGGUGGAAUCUUGAUUUCCUGUAUUGUAUUUAUCCUCCUCUGAAAUAUGAGAAAGUAUUUCAAUAAAAAGAGUAGAAAUAAA